AUGUUCAUCUCCAGCAACAAAAAAACCACAGUAUUUUUACUUCUCUUUGCUUCCCUCCUUCUAACUUCUCACAUCCAUGGAACUCAUCUUCCAGAUUCCGACAUCAUCAAAUCCUCGUGUGCCACCACAUUAUACCCUGACAUAUGCUAUUCCACCCUCUCCACAACCAAAAACCCUGCAACUAACAAGGAUGUAAUCCAACAUGCAAUCAAUAAAACAAAAGAGAUAAUCCAAGGAAACUUCAACAGCAUAAAGAAGCUCACAGCCACUGGCAAUCUCACUAAUCGCGGCAAGUUGGCUCUCCAUGACUGCCUAGAGAUGGUAUCCGGAACUUUAGAAGAUCUCGACAGGGUGAUCAGCGAACUCAAGGAGUAUCCAACCAAGAAAUCCCUAAGACAACAUGCCGACGACCUCAAAACCCUCAUGAGCACCGCCAUCACCAACAAGGAAGCCUGCUUGGACGGCCUCUCCUAUGAUGCAGACUGCCGGAGACUGCGCGAAUCAAUCAUUGAAGGUCAGGAUUUGGGAGGAAAGAUGUGUAGCAAUGUGCUGGGUAUGAUCACGAACAUGACGGACACAGAUAUGGCCAAUUAUAAGGCAGAUUCGAAUGCACGAAAGCUGACGGAGAAAAAGGUUGUGAAGUGGCCGGAGUGGUUGUCGAGGAGAGAUAGGAAAUUGUUACAGGUAUGGCCGAUAGGACCGACGCCAAACGCGAUUGUGUCGAAGAAUGGUAAGGGAAAGUACACAACAGUGGCGGCGGCCGUGGCAGCAGCGCCGGCGAAGAGCAAGAACAGGUACGUGAUAAAGAUAUUGGCAGGGGUGUACAGGGAGAAUGUUGAAAUUCCAAAAAACAAAACCAACAUAAUGUUUAUCGGGGAGGACAAAAAUACAACAAUUAUUACCGGGAAUAAGAGCGUCACGGGCGGAAGCACUACUUGGCUCUCCGCAACCGUAGGUUAG